AUGUGCGAAAAUAUCUAUACAAUUAAAUCUGAAAACACACAUGAUACUGAAAAAAUUAAUUUAAACAUUGCCGCGACCACUGGCAUCGUUGCUUCUGGUAUUGGUUAUUCACAAUUUGAAGAGCUAUGUUCAGCAAUAGACGUUCCAGUAUUUACUCCGAAUACUUACACCAAAUAUCAAGAUCAGGUUCUUAAAAAAUGGGAACAAACUGCGAGUUCUUCUAUGGCAGCUGCUGCAGAAAAAGAAAAAGAAAUGGCUAUAGAAGAAGGCCAAACCAAGGGUGGUUUUCCCGUAAUUGAUGUUCUCGUUGAUGGCUCCUGGAUAAAUGCCAUUGUUUCCAGUAUUGCAGCAAAAUCACGAAGUUUAAUUGAAGACGUGGAUACCAACAAUGUCGAAUGCUUUAAUAGUGUAAUUGCAAAAUUUAUUGGAGGAAAACGAAUCAAUUUUGCUUUGAAAGGAGGUUAUCAAGGUAGGUGUUCAGCGGCAGUAGUGUCAUUCAACACCAAAUCGGCAAUAUCCACAGUUCAAUCGGCUUUUACUGGCAAAUGUCCCGGAGGAAAUGCUGUGAUUGUAGAAAGAAAAAGGUCUCAAAAACGGAAGAUAAACUUUGAACAUCCAAAAAAGAAAAGAAGAAUAUUAAAGGAAAUUAACAAAAAGCAACAUGAUUAUGGUCCAGCAAGUGCAGCACCUGAUAUGUCUCCUCAACAGUUAGAAAAAGCUAAAGAAGAAUUUAUGAAAAAUUUGAAGGAUGUUACAUGUGAUAGGAAUGCUAUUGAAAGGGCUACCGUAUUGCAAAGGGACAGCAGUGAAUGGCUUGAGUUAAGAAAAAAUCUUGUUACAGCUUCAAAUUUCGGCCCUAUAUGUGCAGGUGCAACCUGUCAACGUUAUAUUAUAAGUGACUUUUGUGAAAUAAAUUGUUACAUAGGUGAUAGGAGUUUUCGUUGGAAUCGAAAAAGUCUAAAUCGAGAACGUCAUUUGCUGACAAGAAGUCCACACAAUAAAGUGCCUUAA